AUGAUUAAUUUACCCCACCAAUUGAAAGACCUACUUGUGGGCCAGCGACACGAUUGUCAGAUAACUUGUAUCAGUAAUAGUAGGAAACGCACUAUGGAAUCCAAAGUAGUGUUGCAACAGAAGAACCCGUACGACACGGCUAAUAUACUUUCCAAAAUCUUUCUAACAUGGAGCUUCAGUCUAUUUCGAAGAGGAUAUAAACAUAAUAUCACAUUGGCAGAUUUGUGGACACCCCGGAAUAGCGAUGAUUCAGGACGCCUUGGCAACCGUCUUGAGGAAUCCUGGAAAAUAGAACUCGAGAAUAAACGAAAACAUGGUUCUAAACCGUCACUCGCGAAAGCUUUAGUGCGUUCCUUCUGGUUUGAAUACAUGCUCUGUGGACUUAUAGUUAGCCUUUUGUUCAUCAUUGUUUGGCCAGUAAUUCCGUAUACAUUAUCACGUUUUAUAGAAUGUUUUUCACUAGAUAAAACGAAAGAAACUUACCGCAGAGCUCACACUUAUAACUUUUUAAUGAAUUUAUUAAGUUUCACGUCAUGUAUAUUGUUAACACACGCUCAGCUAAGCCAAGGCAGAGUUGGAAUGAAAUUAAGGAUCGCUUGUUGUUCUUUGAUGUACAGAAAGAUAUUAAAACUAAAUCAAGCUGGAUUGGGCAAAACAGAACCGGGACAAGUUGUAAACUUGAUGUCCAAUGAUGUCACCCGUUUCGAUUUGGUCACCAUAUACCUCAACUAUGUGUGGGUUAUGCCUAUAGUGGUGCCAGUGGUCACAUAUCUUGCAUGGGAACAUAUAGGCGUCGCAACUCUUGCUGCUCUACUCGUUGCUAUCUUACAAUCUAUUUUAGUGCAAGUAUAUUUGAGCAGGAUACAAGGAACAUUUCGGGGUAAAAUUGCGAAACGUACAGAUGAGAGAGUGAAGGUGAUGGGUGAACUAGUGAAUGGGAUCCAGGUGAUCAAAAUGUACACUUGGGAGAUGCCUUUUGGAAAACUAGUAAACAAGUUACGAAAGCUCGAAGUUAGCUACAUCCUAAAAACUUCCAUGGUAAAAGGCUUUACUACGGCUUUAGGAGUGUUCACAGAACGAUUCCUCCUGUUUGCUGCCAUAGUGACUUUUGUGUUUAUGGGCGGUGACAUACGAGCCCAGACUACUUUUGCGCUAGCACAAUACUUCAAUCUUCUGCAGCUGGCUUGCAAUAUCCUAAUACCAUUAGGACUAGCAUUUCUGGCUGAGACGAUGGUUUCAAUUAAACGUAUAGAGAAUUUUUUAUUAUUGGAUGAAAAUAAUGAAACUAUAAAGUCUUUAAAGUCUGAUGUCGAUGAAUCAAAGGCUUUGCUAGCUAAAUUUGAAGAUGAGGAAAUAAUACCUGAGAACCCCAAACCAGUGGGACUCUCAAUGGUCAACAUUUCAGCUAGUUGGUCUGGAUAUUCAGUGGUAGAUACUUUAAGGAAUAUUACACUGACAGCAAAACCUGGAGAGUUUAUCGGUGUUGCUGGACCAGUUGGCUCCGGAAAAUCGUCGCUACUGCAGCUGAUUAUGGGCGAAUUAAAACCGAAGCAAGGUACUUUUAGUUUGGAUGACUGUAGCAUGUCGUACGCUAGUCAAGAGCCUUGGUUAUUCGCCGCUACUAUCAGAGAAAAUAUUCUUUUCGGUCAGCCGUAUGACCGCGUCAGAUAUAAGAAGGUAGUAAAAGCUUGCGCUUUACUAAAAGACUUCGUGUUACUACCACAUGGUGAUUCAACGUUAGUGGGCGAGAGAGGUGCUACUCUUAGCGGCGGACAGAGGGCACGGAUUGGACUAGCUCGCGCUUGCUACAGACAGGCCGACAUUUACCUACUUGACGAUCCUCUAUCAGCGGUAGAUACGCAUGUCGGCAAGCACUUGGUAUCCGAAUGCGUUCAAGGGCUUCUUGACAGUCACACUAGAAUCCUUGUCACGCACCAACUACAUCAUUUGAAGAACGCCGACAAAGUCCUCAUAUUAAGACAUGGAGAAUUAGAAAUUCAAGGCACAUUCGAAGAAGUAUUAACGACGCCUUUAUUCGCUGAGCUUCUUCAAAAUGGAAAGAACGCCGAUAACGCAGCGGCUGAUGACACUCUAUUCCUACAGACUCUUGCUGCCAAACAAGACGGAAGCAAAGAAUUGACAGAACAAGGGAAAGAAUUAAAUGACCAAAGAAUUGAAUCAUCGGAGGUUCAAAAGGAAACUGAGGAAAUGUCUGGAACAGGUCGCGUACCACUUUCCGUGUACCUCAAAUACUUCUCCGUCGGCAGUGGCAGGUUCUUUUUAGGAUCUAUGGUUAUCUCUAUCAUCAUGGCACAGGGCAUCACUUCCUUUGGUGAUCUUUGGCUCUCUCAAUGGAUGAAUGACGUAGAAGCUCAAAGAGGAGGCAAGCUCGGUUUUUACUCUGAAGUAACCAACAGCAGUGAAACGAACGUUACAGAAAGUCCAGAGACAUCCACUUUAAUGUCAAUAAACUCAACCCUCGCAACCAACUUAACUUCUGAUGCUAUUAGUGUGAUAAAAGCAAAAAUAAAUCAUAUGAAUUACAUUUAUAUUUGGGCAGUUGCGAUAUUUGGAUGUAUUGUUCUUACAAGUGCAAGAUCACUUUUGUUCCUAUGGACUUGCAUGCGUAGUUCGAUAAAACUUCACAAUCAGAUGUUCAGCAACAUAUUGAGUGCGACGAUGCGGUUUUUCGAUACCAACCCAUCAGGACGAAUCCUCAAUAGACUUUCAAAAGACAUGGGCAUCAUUGAUGAAAUUCUACCUAACAUGUAUAUGGAAAGCAUACAGAUAGUCAUGGUGACCUUAGGUGUAACAGUAAUGGUGGCUAUUGUAAAUCCAUUGAUGCUGGUCACUACUGGUGUUUCCGCUGUGAUUAUGUACUUCUGGACAUCAAUGUACCUCAUCACGGCCCAGGGUAUUAAAAGAGUGGAGGCAGUGACGCGUAGCCCGGUGUUCUCUCACGUUACCGCGACAAUGACUGGCCUAGUGACGGUUCGCGCCUUUGAUGCGCAAAACAUGCUGAUCAAACAAUUUGAUGAGAAACAGGACAUUCAUACAGCCGCUUGGUACUUAACUCUUGUGACAAAUAAUGCUUACGCAGCCUGGUUAAGUCUUGUUUGUGUUUUUUACGUAAUGGUAAUAUCUUAUACUUUUCUACUUCUAGAUGAUGGGACGACCAAAUCUGGCAAUGUGGGACUGGCAAUUAGUCAAGGUUUAACUCUAGCGAACAUGAUACAGCAUGGCGUGAAAAUGGCAACUGACACGAUCUCGCAAAUGACAAGCGUAGAACGAAUUAUUCAGUUUACGUCGCUUCCCCAAGAAAAAGACGAAGGCUCGAGUCCUCCCAAAGACUGGCCACAAAGAGGACGCAUUGUUUUCAAGGAUCUCUCAUUAAGAUAUGAUGAAAAGGCUGACCCUGUGCUUAAGAAUCUUAAUUUUAAAAUUGAAAGUGGAUGGAAGGUUGGAAUAGUCGGUCGCACUGGAGCCGGCAAGUCUUCCUUAAUUUCAGCUCUCUUUCGGUUGGCACCGAUUGAGGGGGCAAUAUAUAUUGACGAGAUUGAUACAAGGAAGCUUUCUCUUAAGGCAUUGAGAUCCAAGAUCUCCAUUAUUCCUCAAGAUCCUAUUCUUUUCUCUGCCAGCUUGCGACAUAAUAUGGAUCCAUUUGAGAAGUAUUCAGAUGCAGACAUUUGGAAAGUAUUGGAUCAGGUUGAGUUAAAGAACAGUAUAGUGUCACUGUCCGCGCCGGUGACCGCUGGUGGCUCAAAUUUCAGCGCGGGUGAACGACAAUUGCUGUGCCUAGCAAGGGCUGCGCUUGCGCACAACAAACUGCUCGUUUUAGACGAGGCCACUGCUAAUGUUGAUCCUGCCACGGAUAUCCUGAUACAGAAGUCUAUUCGAAAACACUUUGCCGACUGCACUGUAAUAACUAUAGCGCAUCGUUUGCACACUGUCGCCGAUUCUGAUCGGGUCAUUGUUAUGGAGGCUGGUCAGGUAAUCGAAUGUGGACACCCAUACGAACUUUUGCAAAUGGAAGGGAGCCACUUCAGAAACAUGGUGCAAGACCUGGGAUCAGCUUCGGAAUACGACUUACGAAAUCUUGCAAGUACCCGGGAAAAAAUGAUCAGCCCUGAUCAGGCAUGA